AUGGCUGCCCUGGCGGUCUGGAAUAGGGGGGCUUACCACUUCAGCUUUGUCUUCAGUUUCAUGGUCAUGAAUCUAGAAGUGUGGGAAGCCGUGUUGCAGCGCCGCUCCCACGUUCCCGCUGCUGAAAGAGGAGCAUCUCCUCAUUGGCUGCAGACUGUGAGAACCUCCAGCAAUCCCAGGACUCACACAUUCAUAUGGAGAUUAGAGAGUAUAAAUAGAGGAGAGAGUGAGAGAGAGCUCAGAACAGCUCAGAUCUUCUCCUCACAGAGAGCUAACCGAAGAAACACAGCCAUGGCUCCUACAAUCACUGCAUCAAUCAUCAACUCCAACCACCUUCUUCCACUUACUAAUAAGAUGAGAAAGCCGUUAGUGGAGAAGAUGCGUAGAGAACGCAUCAACAGCAGCAUCAAGAAGCUCAAGUCUCUGCUGGGUGGAGAAUUCCUAAAGCAACAGCCCGAUUCCAGACAGGAGAAAGCCGACAUCCUGGAGAUGACAGUUUAUUUCCUGAGACAGCAGCAGCAGCAGUCACACAAGAAGUCCAGCUGCUCCACUGCAGCUGAUGAAGGCUACAGCAGGUGUGUGCAGGAGGCCAUCAACUUCCUGUCUCAGUGUCAAGUACACACUCAGUCCCAGAGAAGACUGCUGAGCCACUUCCUCACCAUGCAGCCUUUCAUGGAGAAGAGCAGAAAUGUUCCUCAGCUCAGCUCUCCAGCCUGCCAGAUCAGCAGCAAAGAGGAGACUCCAAGCUGCAGUGGCCUCUGGAGACCCUGGUAGAGCCGCAUGGACACUUUACCAUUAGGAAACUAACUUACUAAUGCCACAUUGGCAUUAACUAUGUUUUCCUAAAUGUGUUAGAAUAUUUUGUCUAAUUUCUGUGGACAAAAUAUGCUAAGUUGCUUUCUUUAUUGGAAAGCCUGUGUAGAUGUUUCCAUCACUAUGUUUUGUGAAACUUGAAAAAAUUGCACAUUCUAACUAUGCAAGAUCAUAUCUUAAAAUAUUUUUUGUUUCUGUCUAAGAAACCACUUCCUAAUGCUUUUUAUAUGAACUCUUAUUGUAUAAGAAUUCUCCACUUGAAUUGUGCAAAAUGUUUUUGGUCAAAAGUUUCAUCUGUUAUUCAGAUCUAAUAUGAACAGUUAAAUGCACAAUAUCUGUGAUACUUUUUUCCAAUAAUUCUUUCCACUACAGUGUGAAACAACUGGAACAUUUUGACUGUAUAAUUAUUUAAUCAUUUAUGAUUUUAAAAAACACCCUUUUUCAUUCUUGAGAAUAUGAUUAAUCUAGCUACAUUAGCUCUUAUAUUACACUAUCUUCAGUGAGAUACCCGCAAAUGUAAUUAUUUCCAGACUGGAAAUGACAUGAGUUUGCCUUCAGUGAAGGUCUUGGAUGAUGUGUUACUUUAUUUGUGAGUACACAAAGUCAUUCUUACAACAGAAAAUAUCCAGAAAAUAAACUGUCAUAUCAUUGACAAUCAAUAUGCUCUCUUUGAAUGAUUCAUUUAAUUCCUAUUUGGUUCCUUGGAGGGGAUGUUGGUGCCAUCACUGCCACUGGACAGUGCACUUUCAGUGUCAGUCCAAGGCCUGGAUAAAUUGGGGAGGUUUGUGUCUGGAAAGGGGAUUCAGUAUAAAACGUGUGAAAAUUUCGACUGUGUA